UUCACAGCACCAUCGCGGCUCCUAUAAGGACAGCACAUCUUUUGGAUCCAGCAAUGCGUAUGGACUCAGUAAGACUAAACAAGCAGCAGGCAUAGCCAGUGUUAGCUUAGUCUUAACUUAUUUUGAAUCGGUGUUUCUAUAUUCGCUUUGAUAAAGUACCGUCAGGGCUUAUUUCGGGACGAAUCCCAGGAGCGUAGUCAAAACAAGCAAAGUCCAUACACGUAGAUCCAGCCAGACAAACAAUAAACAAACAAAAAGCACGGUGCCGAGGGAAGAGGCAAACUCGUAGUCGGUAGACGUGCAGGGAGGUCAGCGGGGCAGAAGUACAGGCGGACGGCAGGCAGGGUCGUAGUCGAGGGCGAUGCAGAAGUCGGAACCAUAAAACAAACUGCGAAGCAAAGGUACAAAAUCAGUAGGCGAGGAUGUGGUCAAAAACAAGCGAUGGUCAACAAAACAGAAAUCAAUAAUCGAUUGUCGGUAAACAGGCAUGGAUCGUAACGUGUAAUCUAUGACAGUAAUGCUCAAGCGUUGCUUUGACGUACAAGAGGCAGACAAUUUCGCGAAGAAUAGUAGUGCGACUGGGCUAUAAAUGCAGGUGUAGACAGGUGUAGACAAUUAGUUAGAGAGCAGCAAGGAAGUGAAAAACAGGUGCAAUGGAUGACAAGUUUAACAAGGUAAUUAGUAAUCGUUAGUAAUAAACCUAUCCUGCCCUAGCAUUAGUAAAUUAGUAAAUGACAUGCACGAGAAACGUAAGGUAACAUGAACACAUGAUUCGUUUGUUAGUUCUACCCAAUCUUGAUCUAGCGUUAGUAGGGUAAUUAGGGUGUGAAUGACAGAAAGAGAGAGAGAGAAAGGCGGAACGCAAGGUUUGCGGAAAGACAUGUAAAAGUGUAUGUUUAAACAAUGACCAGUCAGCGUAACAAUAAACAUAAAUCAAAACAUCACACUAAACGAACUAAGACGAUAACCACUCAACAUAACAAGGUAAAAUAAUCGUAACGAAACAUAUCUAGACAUGACGAAAAAAAAAUCGUAACAAGAAACAAACUAAACAACAUGACGAACCUAGACUAACAUAAUACAUGAUAAGACAAUACGUGACUAAGACAAAAUUAAUAAAUAUAAAACAUGGCAAGACAGACCUGAAACGUACGACGGCGUAUUAGGGCCAUUGUCGGUAAAAAAAAAAAAAUACGGAGUGGGGGGAGGGGGGUAAUAUUCUGAGAUUAAACUCAGAAUUCUCGGAGUUUAAAGUAGCAAAUUUGCCACUUUAUAAAGUCGCAAAUUUGCCACUUUAUAAAGUCACAAAUUUGCCACUUUAUAAUCUCGCAAAUUUACGAGGAAAAAAAGAAAUUGUGCUUUUUAACCACAUCCCUUCACUUUGCAACUUGGAUCACACCGCCACCGCUUCCACUUGCAAUGGAUGACCUAAUCAAGUUAUACUUUGCAAUCUGAUUUAGCAAUAAGGAAAUACUCUUGAUCUUAGCCCAGAAUCACCAUAUUAUCAUAAGCAUCCGGAUUUUGAAGAGACAUUGCCGUAAACUGGGUCUAUUCAGAAGAAAACAACACAAUGGACAGAUGCAAGGAUAUCGCUGGUUACAUCUACGGGCAAUUCAAAUGGGAUUUGUGGUACAGCAGGACACAAUACGACAGAUCAUCAAAUUAAUUGAUCCUCAAGGUGUGGAUCUUAGAAGAGCGCAGCGUCUUAGGCGCAGGCAGUACAACAAUAAAGGGCCUAAUGCUCUUUGGCACAUGGACUCCUAUGACAAAUUGAAGCCAUAUGGUAUAGGGAUUAACGGAUGCAUAGAUGGUUUCAGUCUUUUUGUUGUUUGGAUGGAAGCUUACACAACAAACAACGACCCCAAGGUUAUAGCUGACUAUUAUAUGAAAUGCGUUACGCGCUUGGGUGGGUGUCCAGAGAGGAUUCGUGCGGACAAUGGCACUGAAAAUGGACAUGUCGCUAACAUGCAGGUGUUUCUGAGGAGAAACCACACCGACACCUUCGCCAAAGAGAAUAGUUUUAUUUAUGGACGCAGUACGGGCAAUCAACGUAUUGAAUCCUGGUGGGGAAUACUGCGCAAACAAAGCGUUCAGUUCAGAAUCAUGUUCAAAGCUCACCAAGACAAUGGCCACUUCUCUGGAGACUUUUUGGAUAAAAGCCUAAUCCAGUUCUGUUUCCUCAACCUCGUUCAGAAAGAAGUGGAUGAAGUGGUGCGAACAUGGAACACCCACAAGAUCAGAGCCAGGCCAGGUCAAGAUGUGCAUGGAGGUCGUCCAGUCAUCAUGUACACAGUCCCACAGGUGUACGGUGCUGAGGACAAGCUCAAAACAGUGGACCUUGAGGAGGUGGUUGUGUGCAAGGACGAGUGCACACCCAAGAGUCAGCUCCCUUGUGAUGAGACUGUUUUCGAGCUCUGUGUACUACUAAUGCAGGAGAAUGGAUGGGAUGCUCCUACAGAUGCAUUUGAUGCUGCAGAACUGUACACCUCACUUAGAACAGUGAUACUGCAAAAUAUUUAAAGAUGGAUGUUACGGUCAGGGUUUGUUUGGGUGUGUCCUGUUGUUUUGUCUGUUGUCCCUCUCCUCUGUCACUCUCCCAGGUCCCUGAUUCAUGCCAGCUGUCGGACCUUGCCAAUCAGCCCACAACCAAUCAGAGGGUGUUCCAAAAUCCUCAAGAGCCCUGCUGUUCAACCACACCUCAGUUAUUUUCACCUUUCUGUUUUUGCAAGAGAGCAUGCUGAAAAUGUUUGCUCUUCAGACCUGCUUUUUGUUUGCUCUUUGUAUAGUUUUUGUUAUGGGAAAAGUUAGCAGGAGAAAAGGGGUAUAGGUAAGAGCUGCCCAUGGGCGUACAUACUUACAUGUAGGGGUUUUCCUUGUCAACACACACUAGCUAAAUUGGGGACAUGCCAUCACUGUAGUUUUUGGCUAGUUUAGCUAGCUAGCAUUACGGCUAUGGUCCAGAUUUUGGUAGAUUAAGUUAGGGAAUGUUUAUAAUUGUUUAUUUUCUUUGGCACUGUUCUCCCCCUUUUCUCCUUAGUCUGGUAACUUUGUAGCCAAAUAAACA